AUGCUGCUCACAAACUGGGCGCACCGUAGCGCAACAGAUUGUGUGCCUGUCUACCGUCCACAGAGUCACAAGUUCGACCCCCGUCUCGACCCAACCAAGGAGUUUAAUAAAUGUUGGUAUUGGGAAACCACGACUUCGAAAUCCCCAGUCGUCGCCCACACACAAGGACGGAUAGGUCACUCGAGCCAGUCCACGGAUUUGCACUGA